AUCUUGGAAGGCUACUUUUUGAGCAACACAAAUAUGGCAAGUAAAAAUUAGAUUAUCCAACAAAAACAAUAAUUUUCAAAAAAAUGGGCUUGAAUAUCAUCAGAAUCUCACCCUUUUCUUCACCCAUCACCUCCACCACCACAACUACCUCCACUAGAAAACUCUUUCCAAAUUUCUCUUCCAAAAAUUUGACUUCUUCCCUUAAUCAUCCCAGAAAGUAUUCCAUACCCACUUGCUUAAACAAAUCAAAGUUUGGAUCUUUGGAAUCAAAAUCUGUUAAUCACACAAAAUUUUCAUCUGGGUUUGGUGGGAAUUUGCAUCAUCAUCAUCAUCUUCUCAAGAAAAGCUUGAGGUUUUCAACAAUGGCGGCAACUCCUGAUUCAGUUCAGAAAUCAGAGGAGGAGUGGCGUGCUGUUCUCUCUCCUGAGCAAUUUCGUAUUCUCAGACAGAAAGGAACCGAAUACCCGGGAACAGGAGAAUAUAACAAAUAUUUUGAGGAAGGAAUCUAUUCUUGUGCAGGGUGUAGUACUCCUCUCUACAAAUCAACUACCAAAUUCGACUCUGGCUGUGGUUGGCCAGCUUUCUAUGAGGGACUUCCUGGAGCCAUAACUCGCACUCCUGACAUCGACGGAAGGAGGAUUGAGAUUACUUGCACAGCAUGUGGUGGACAUCUUGGUCAUGUAUUCAAAGGUGAAAGAUUUCCAACACCCACAGACGAGCGCCACUGCGUCAACAGCAUCUCACUGAAGUUUGUUCCUCCAAAGUGAGAGUGUUGGCUAUUCUAUAACCUCUGAUAUUUGGUGUUUAGGCAACGUCGUCUACAAAGUCCUUUUAUCUGGUCCUGAAUAAGUGUAACCUUUUACUCUAUAUGUCUUGUGAUUUCAUUUCACCAAGAUCUCUUUGUUGCAAAAAGCAAUCUCACAUUGUGUAUACUGUAUAUUGUGGUUUUCCAACUGUAUGUGACUGAUUAAAGAUUUUGAUUUUCUUGUGGUGA